AUGAACUGGGACGCUGCACGCCGUCAAUGUGAAAGCGAAGGAGCUCAUUUAGCUGUCGUAGACACGUUAUCCAAAAGGGACACUUUGCUAAGCUACAUAACCGGCAGAGGAAUGUAUUCGCUUUUCUGGGUUGACGGCAUAGAGCCCAAAAAUGAUGGAAACUGGAUAUGGUACUCUAACAACACACCCAUAAACAGUUCGUUGUGGCUGCCUGGUGAACCCAAUGACCUCAGCCGGGAAGAUUUAAGGACUUGGGGAUCCUGGGGUUCCUGGGGUUCAUGCUCUGUAACGUGCGGUUCACAAGGUCUAAGGUCCCGUACUCGUGUAUGUGAAAACCCCGCACCUGUUGGCACCGGAAAACCCUGCCCUGGAGCUGACAGACAAACUGAAGUGUGUUAUCCUCCACCGUGUCCUACCUGUCAGGUACAUAAUGUUCCUGGGGCUACUACCUCGGUAUCUGCGGCAAGGAUAUAUGAAAAUGAAUACGUGAAGUACCACUGUCUACCGGAACAUACACUGAUCAGUGGGAGUUUGAAAAGAACAUGUCAGGCUGACGGCACUUUAACAAACGAGGAGCCGCAGUGCAAAAAAUGCUGUGGAAAGGCACGUUACAUCGUGAACGGCUAUCCCGACACGCCUGCCUCCUUGUGCUAUGGUGAUCAUGUCAACUAUCUGUGUGACAGAGGUUACAAGUCCUCAAACAGCACACCUAUCGUCUGCUCGUCACCCUACGAAUGGAAGUACUUACCCCUGCCUAAAUGUGAACCCGAUGGAGAAUGCGACUCGGCUGAUAUCGCAGCUCCCCAAGACGGCUAUAAGGCGUGUUCUGGGGACGAACUAGACAAAGUGUGCUACAUGCAUUGUUCCAACGGACAGCAAUAUACAGGGGGACAUGACGUGUUUGAGUGCAGCGUAAAGACUGGCUGGGAAUGGAAAGUGCGUCUACGAGGAAGCACGAGCUAUGUGCGCAGCAACAUAGGGACGUGUCAAAUUUCGGAUGAUCCGUCGGGUCUGCUCAUGUUCCUGACGGGUCCUGAGUUGAGGACAUCCUCUUCGGAGCCGGAUGAGGCACUGAUAGAAGAGAUAAAAGAUGAAAUGAUGAAAAAGCUGCUUGCAGCAAAUAUUUGCACAGAUCCUUGCAAGAUACAAAAUAUUGAGGUAGAACAAGCUGUUGGACACGUUAAUCGAAGAUCAGUUCCCCAAGAAAAAUUGUUCAAGAUGAAGAUCAGUCUGUAUGCCGCACCUGCCAAGGGCUCCACCACAACGCAACAAUCGACCAGAAUUGAGCUCUCCAGAAUUAUGAAGCUUUUGAGCACAAAAGCCGCAGCUUUAAAACAAGCCAUAACCUCACAGGCAAUUACACUAGAAAUAGAUGGCGCUCGUGUAACAGUUAAGGGGGAUAACAUCCAGAUUUCAAGGCCAUCCCUGGUGUGUCUCGAUGGAUCUAUUAGGAAAGGCUUUGACUGUUUCACCUGUCCUGCAGGCACUUACCAUGAUUUAGCUGAUAAGCAGUGUGCGUCAUGCCCAUUUGGACAAUAUCAGGACCAACCCGGUCAGAUGUCCUGCAAACUGUGUCCGAACGGCACCACCACAGACAGAUUAGGAAUCAGCAACUCGUCCCAAUGCAGAGAAUACGAGGGUUGUAACUGUGGUAUACACCCGUGCAUAUUAAAUGGUACAGCCUUUGAAUGCAGUUGCCUACCUGGUUAUAAAUCUGACAACGGAACCUGCAUCGAUAUCGAUGAAUGCCUGUCAGACAUAUGUCCAGCGAAUUCCAGGUGUAUCAAUAAGGAGGGGUCUUACAGGUGUGAAUGUCUACCUGGAUAUGAAGGGGAAUAUUGUACAGAUAUCAACGAAUGCAAGUACCCCGACAGCUGCCCCAACUCUAAGAUGCUGUGUAUGAACACAGUGGGGAGUUAUAGCUGUACAUGUCCAAGUGGGCUGUUUGGAGACAAUUGUGACAGUAAGUGUCCCCAAAAUUCCACCGAUACCGGCAACAGCUGUCUGUACAUUUCGGACACUAUGGUCAGUUACAGCGGUGCAUUGAACUUAUGUGGAAAUUUCCACGCAGGAGCGCAUUUGGUUGACGUGAAAGAUAAGAUAUCGUUUAAACGGUUAACUUAUAACCUGCAGUCAAAGAGAUAUUGGAUGGGUCUUAACGACAUGGCUGCUGAGGGACAGUUUGUGUACAGUGAUGGGACCACGAUGACGUCAUACAACGAAUGGGGAAGUCGGGAUUCAGUUCCGCCUUCUAACGAUCGUGGCAAGAACUGCGUCAUCAUGGACGGCGGGGCAGCUUUCACAUGGAGUGUUGUUGAUUGUGACGACCUGAAUUUUGCAAUCUGCGAGUUUACACAAGUGUAAAUGUUGACUUCGUAAAACAUUUAUAUUGACGAAAAACACUAUGAUUUUGCCUCCAAAUUACAUUCUCACCUCUAAUUAAAGCUGAAAUAUCAAAGAUGAAGUAUGGUUCUGAAUUCUGUAAGACGGCCCACAAUGUAGACUACUCUGCUUUUCUUAAUUUUUUUCCAAUAUUACGUCCAAUUAAGUUCCACAACAUCCAAGCAUUUGGCAAUACAGUAGUCGCAGUGAAACCUUCUUUACAUCAGGAAUUUACUGUAAUACACCAACGAGUUGUUAACACUACGGUAUGUCGAACAAUUAAGAUAAAAUGGAUAAGAACUGCAGAAAAAAUCCACGUAAGCAGGAUGUGAUAGGCAUCUUUUAAAUAACACGUAACAUGUAUAGCCACUUUAUGCUGUCCAAUCAAAAUAUUUUUAUAGAAACAUGACAUUGCAUUAAUCUCAUGCAUAAAAGUGUUUUCUUCAAACUGUCGCCCGAUUUAAAUUGAUUAUACUUAAUUCAGAUUGAAAUUAGUUGACAUAAAGGAAAUAAAC